AUGGAAUCUGCUGAAAAAUUAAAAGCAGAAAAAGUUAAUUCAGACAAAGAUGUAAAAGAAAAGUCCGAAAAGGAAAUUUUAAUCAAGUUAUCUAAGGAAAAAAAGAAGAAAAGGGAUAGGAAAAAGAGGAAAGUAGAUAAAGAGAGAGAUAGAUUUUAUGAUGAAAAAGUGGAAUCUGAUAUAGACAGAAGAAUAGUGAUUCAGGUGUCUCAGAAUACAGAGGAUCGAACAGUAUGGGAGGAAGAGGAGAGACAAAGAAAGAAAAGAGACAGAGAAGAGAGAAGAAGAGAUAAAGAAAAAAUGAAAGAAAAUCAAGAAGUCCCUUUACAAGAAGGGAAUUCUGAAAGAAAAACGAACCUCCCCCAAAAAAAAACCAAAAGCAAAAAGCGAAAGAAUGAAGUGUUGUCAAUUCUCCCCACCCCAAAGAAACCGACUUAUGACGAAGUUUCUUCAAGUGAGUCUGAGAAAGAACCAGAACCAGUGGCUGGAAAGAUAGAAACUAUUUCAAGGAUUGAAGUGAAGGACAGUAGUGCUAGAGAAGUCACUGCUCCAUUUGUUGAGGCAAACGACAAAGAAAAUGAUUUUGAUUCUACCCAGAGGAAAACAGAAAAAUUUCAGUAUACAGAAGGAUGA